AAAGUGGACCCACAUGAGGAUGCAUCACUUGUCCCCGUCUCAAUCUGCUACCGCUCUCAUCUCGCCACAGCCCUCUCUUCGGUGAGGAGGCCGCCGGACAUGUAUGAUCCUGGCGACAGCUCCUCGUCCCGGCCGCAUCCGCACGGCAAGGAGGAGCUGCAGCCGGAGGUAUUUCUCUACACGGCGUCAGCUUCAGCAUCGCGCCGCAGAGGGCGCACCUCCGCCGACCGCUACGCCUUGUGCGCCCUGCUGCGCGGCUACGGCCUGGCCGUGGACGUGCGCGACGUGUCCAGGAGCAAAGCGCACCGCAGCGAUCUCAAGUCGUUGCUCGCGGCUCGGGGCUGCGCCUUCUCCCUCCCGCAGCUCCUCGUGGGCGGCCGGCUCGUCGGUGGCCCUGACGAUGUCAGGCAGCUGCACCAGGCCGGUGGGCUGCGGCCUCUCCUCAACGCCGCCCCAAGGCCGAGCCGCGCCUUCGUCUGCCAAGCCUGUAAGACGGUCGGCUCCGAGCCGUGCCCAAAGUGCAGGGAAUCUCGCAACAAGAUGCUGGAUCAUGGCAUUACUGAGGAGGCGGAGGAGAGGGUCGUCCUUUUCUAUCCAACCCAAGAUGUUUCAAUGGGAGGUGUAAGCAGAGAGAUGGAUGCCAGUUUCAGUGUUUCUCUGGGCGCCAUGAGACCUCUUCUUAAGAAGCUUGACAUGAUGCUAGGUCCUCAUGGAUGCAAGCUGACCAAAGGGGUCAAUGAUAGGUCGCCGCACCUCAAAGAUGAUCUUGAAGAAAUAGGCACAUACCUUGAAGAUCUGUUAGAGGUGGAGGACCCUCCCCUGUCAGCCAAGUGCUGGAUGAGAGAGGCACAUGAGUUAUCUUAUGACAUCCUAGAUUGUAUUGAUAACUUUGUGCCCCCCGAGUCUCCUGGCUACAAAUCUAUCCACAAGAUGACUCAUGUUAGGAUUCCCAUGAGGCUAAAGUGGCAGAAACAGAUUGAAUAUGCAGCUCCUGAUGUGUCAGGACAUGUUAUCCCCAAAAUCAUUCAUGUUGAUGUCAUUCGUGCUCCAAGGAGGCUCAAGUGGUACCAGCAGAUGGUUGAAAAGGUAUCGGAAUUCAGGAUCUAUGCCCAGGAGGUGGUAGGACGGUAUGAGAGGUACCAACUCCACCAUUGUAGCACCUUGAUGGCGCGUAGAUUUUCGUCUGUUGGGCCUAUGAUGCCACUGCCGCCACCCCCUUGUGAGAAAACUUUGUCCGGCCUAGUAAUUGAUGGUUGGAUGAGCAAGUUUAUCAACUCCCAGCUGGCUAAUGAUGAGAAUCAGCAGCUCAAGGUGGUGUCUAUUCACGGGUCUGGAUGUCUUGGUAAAACAAUGCUUGCCAAAGUGUUGUACAAUAAAAUUGGGAGGCAAUUCCAAUGUCGGGCUUUCAUCCGGGUGUCCAAAAAGCCUGAUAUGAAGAGGCUUUUCUGUGACAUGCUAUCACAAAUCCAGCGGAAGCAGCCCCAAGCAAGCCAAGACGCUUCUGAUGAACUUCACAUUACUGCUGAAAAUAUCAGGAAUUGUCUACAUGGCAAUAGGUAUCUUAUUGUUGUUGAUGAUUUACGGGAUACAGCAGCAUGGGAUGUUAUUAAUCAGCUUUUCCCCAAGUGUAGUCAAGGAAGCAGAAUAAUAACAACUACACAAAUUGAAGAUGUUGCAUUAGCAUGUUGCAGUGAUGACCCAGAACAAGUUUUUGAGAUGAAUCCUUUGGAUGAUGAUCACUCAAGGAAGCUAUUCUUUGACAGGCUUUUUGGUUCUGAAAGUGACUGUCCUGAAGAAUUCAAACAAGUUUCAAGCCAAAUUGUAGAAAUAUGUGGUGGUUUGCCGCUAGCCACCAUCAGCAUUGCUAGUCUGCUGGCAAACCAGCCUUCUUUAUCAGUGGAUUUGUUGACACACAUACAUGAUUCGUUAGUGUCUUGUUUGUCAUCAAAUUCGACUUCAGAAAGAACGAAACAAGUACUAAACCUGAGCUACAACAGCCUUCCUCAUUACCUCAAGACAUGCUUGCUCCAGCUCUGUAUGUAUCCAGAGGGCUCCAUAAUCUUCAAACAUGACCUGGUGAAGCAAUGGGUGGCUGAAAGGUUUAUUUCUACAAGUGAAGGGCAAAACAUGGAGGAAGUUGCAGGGAUGUAUUUCGAUGAGCUUGUUGAUAGAAGAUUCAUCCAGCCCAUGUAUAUGAACUUCAACAAUGAGGUGGUGUCCUGCACAGUGCAUGACUUGGUACAUGAUUUUAUUGCACACAAGUCUGCAGAAGAGAAUUUCGUUGUGGUAGUAGAUCACAAUCGGAAGAUUUUGGCACUUUCUCAUAAGAUCCAUCGACUCUCUCUUCAACUUGGUGAUGCAAAAUAUGCCAAGAUUCCAGCAAACAUCAGAAAGUCGCAAGUACGUUCACUUGGAGUUUUUGGAUUACCAGAGUGCAUGCCUUGCAUUGCAGAGUUCAAGCUUGUUCGUGUUCUAAACCUUCAGCUGUCUGGUCGUCGUCAUGGUAACCAAGACCUGUCCAUAGACCUCUCUAGAGUAUCAGAACUGUUCCAUCUGAGAUAUCUGAAGAUUGUUUGUGAUGUCUGCAUAAAACUUCCAAACCGUAUGAGAGGGCUGCAGUGUUUGGAAACACUGGAUGUGAUGGAUACACCAAGAGGCACUUAUGUUCCAUGGGACAUUAUAUAUCUCACACGCUUGUUGCACCUCGGUCUUCCUCCUGACACAAAUAUGCUGGAUUGGGCUGUCGGUGACGGUCUGAGCCUUUGCAGGCCGAACCACCUGCAGGAUCUUUGCAUUUCUACACCGCUUUCUUCAGAUUACGACCAUCUGAAGAGAAACAUGCAUGCUAUGGAUUAUUUAAGGUAUGAACAUGAAAGCCUGAAAGCUAUAAAACUGGUGGCUCACGGAUCCUCGGUUAGCUAUGGUGACGCAUCAAAAGCAAGAGUUAAGUGGGUUUUGGAUCACCCGCAAAAAAAUAAAAAAUUGUGGUGGUGUGCCGUCAGCACUACUUUGCAUGUUUUCAGCAAUGGCAAUGGUCCGAGAGCAACAAGAACAACUAGGAGUACAUGUAAAGGCAUGUAAUGUGCAAGAUAUGAUUGAGAAGCAAGUUAAGAGAAAUGGAUUUCAGAACACACAAGGGUUUGAACCGUUGGUAGAGAGUUUGCAGCUUGGCUACGCCGAUCUUCCUCACCAUAUGUUGAAGACCUGCUUGUUGUACUGCAGUGUAUACCCUGAGAAUUACCCUUUUCACAUGAAUGAUUUGGUCAUGCGAUGGGUUGCUGAAGGAUUUACUUAUAAAGAGGAUAUAGCAAAAGGUUAUCUUGAAGAGCUUUGCAACAGAGGGUUGAUGCUGCGUCUAGAGGGUUUAUCGGACAUGCCCUACUACCAAAUGAACCCGAUGAUGCGAAAUUUCCUUAGAUGGAAAUCGCGUGAAGAUAAUUUCAUUACUUGCAGUUCCGACAUCAGAUUGGCAUAUGCAUGUCGAGUCCAUCGGCUAUGCAUCGACGAUUAUCAAGUUGAUGAUGGUGAGGUGCAGGUGGUGGAUACCUUGUUGGAACUGGAUUGGUCCCAGAUUCGAUCACUUGUUGUUUUUGAAGGUGCUGAGAGAUGUGUCCCUUUUGAGAAGUUGGAACGUGUGCGAGUGUUGGAUCUUCAAUAUCAUCAUCAUUAUCUUAAAUUCGUACAGUCUCUUUGGAUAUCUGUUCUGGAUUUCGAGGCCCUUGGAAAUCAGCAUGUGAAGGAUAUAUGUGGACUGCUCCGUGUGAGGCACCUAUUCGGCCUAGAAGGGACAGGAAUCAGUGAGAUACCGCCGGAAAUAGCAAGGCUACAGCAUCUGGAGACUUUGCAGGUAAGAUUCACAUCGAUCACAGAGUUGCCCAGUGAGAUUAGGGACCUACAACAAUUGAAGACUCUGGCCAUGAGUCCGAACUGAAAGCUGACAGAGCUGCCCAGGGAGAUAGGGGGUCUGCAACAAUUAGAGACUCUGGACCUGAGCUAGACGAGGCUGACGGAGCUGCCACGUGAGAUCGGGAACCUCCAGAAUUUGGAGAAUCUGAACCUGCAGUGCACCAAGCUCAAAGAGCUGCCUCCGGAGAUUGGGAAGUUGCAGCAUUUGAAAGCACUGGUGGUGUGUGCAGCAGGCAUCACAAGGCUAGGCAAUGAAAUUGGGGACCUGCAGCCUUUAGAGACCUUGGACCUGAGUUUCAACGGAGGGCUCACACAGCUGCCUCGUGAGAUGUGGAAACUGCAGAAUUUGAAGCGGCUGCUCUUGAGUGGUACAGGGGUGACGAAGAUACCAAGGGAAAUCGAAGGGCUCAAGAAGCUGGAGAUUUUGAAAUUAGACGAUACCAUCAGUGCACUGCCUUGGGAAGCUAGUCAGCUCUUGAAAUUGGAGGGAGUGCCCGAGUGCGUCCGCCAAGCCUGGAAGAAGAGUGAUCUUGUGUCCGAGUUAGCCGGGGAGAUCCUGUCCGUUCAACUUAUUGAUUGGUUGAAUGAAAGUGGCGGGCUAAUCGUUGGCAGAAAACAUAUGGGAAUUCCAGGGUGGAUCAAGGAUCACUUCAAGGACCUUGGGUCCUUGGACAUCAGGAUGUGCAAACUGGAGGAGCAGGAUCUCAAGAUUCUGCGGGAGAUGCCCAACCUGAAAUUUCUCACGCUAAGGUUGGAAGUUGUCCCGAGAGAUCCCAUAGCCAUCAGCCGUGAAGGGUUCCCAUGCCUGAGGGAACUCGUUGUUGACAGCCGCAUGCCACGGGUUGUCACCUUCCAGGAAGGAGCGAUGCCGGAGCUGCAAAAGCUCGUCUUCGAGUUCCAGUUCUACGGUGGGCCACCUGCACCUGCAAAUAAAGACCCUCAGCUGGGUAUCAAGCACCUCCGAGACCUCUGGUGGGUCGAAUUUAGAUGCAGCAAGGAAUGGUACGGAGGAGCAGCAGAGAGCAGGAGCCCGUGCAUGAGCGCCAUGAUUGACGUCGUGAGGAAAGAAGCCCAGGAGCAUCCCAGAGAGAUCUGCUUUCGUGUCUCUGGCCGCGAGGAUGAGGACUUUCCAGCGAACGAGGAGAGCGCACAGUCUUCCAGCAGUGGAACAAGCGAGAUCAAUGACACUCCAAAUGGUGGGAGGGGCGAGAUCCAGGAGGAGGAGGAAGAGACUUUUCCAGCGAACGAGAGCAGAAAGGUUUCCGGCAGUGGGACGGCCAGCGAGAUCGAGGAGGAGGAGAUCCACGAAGAGGAAGAAAGGUGAUUGGGUUUCUUGACGAGUAUUGCCGAGUCGUCCUAAUUUGCAGGUUGGUUGGUUAUUUCAUCGUCGUAAUUAAUGACUGCCUCAAAUCUAUCUGCAACCAUCUUCAACUAUAUAUCUAUGGCUCUUCUUCUUCAGGCUUUCUCCAUCUUAUGCUAGCUAGCUGUUGCUUAAUUUCCAUUGUCAUAUACAACCAAGGCUUCCAAGUUGAGUUGGCCCUUCAAAGGCACCUGUAUCUAUAUGGCACUUCAAAGGUGCGUCUGCCUUGCACCGUGCAAGUGGUGGAACACUUUGAAUUAGGGCUCGGUAUUGUCAUGUAAUUUAUUUAAUAGUAAGUAAUCGCUUUGAAGGGAGCCCAACAAUUUGAUCCUCGUAUCUACUAGAGUAGGUUUUAUCAUGCACUUAAUUGUUAUCAAAACUCUCUUCUUAUUAUGUAAUAAUAAUAAAUGUGACGAGUUUUCUUGUUUGUU